UUCAAUGACCAGAGCACAUGACCUGAGUCAUUCACGUGUGGGGAUCCCCUCACCGCCUCUCCCCGUGACCAAACCGCUGCCUUAUCACUCAUGACGCGGGGCUUCUAGUCAGUUGCCGUCACUCUCCUCAUCUUUGGUCAUCAUCGUCCUUCUUCUUCCUCUUCUCCAUCUACUUCCUCCCCUCCAUCCACUUUUGACCCCCCCCUUCAUCUCCGCUUCUUUCAUCCAUCAACCAUCUUUUUUUUUGCUUGGGAAAUCCCAUCCUUAUCUUUCCAUCAUAUUUGGACUUUGUUCCUGUUGAUUCCAUCACUAUGCGCUCCAAGUUCAAGGACGAGCACCCCUUCGAGAAGCGCAAGGCCGAGGCCGAACGCAUUCGCCAGAAAUACGCCGAUCGCAUCCCAGUCAUUUGCGAGAAAGUCGAAAAGUCCGACAUCGCAACCAUCGACAAGAAGAAGUACCUGGUCCCUGCCGAUCUGACCGUGGGCCAGUUCGUCUAUGUGAUCCGCAAGCGUAUCAAGCUGUCUCCCGAGAAGGCCAUCUUCAUCUUCGUCGACGAGGUCUUGCCCCCGACGGCCGCUCUGAUGAGCAGCAUCUACGAGGAACACAAGGAUGAAGACGGAUUUUUGUACAUCACGUACUCCGGCGAGAACACCUUCGGGGACUGCUAAGCCCUGGUAGGCCUUUCCUUGAUCGAUGUAGUCAAAUCCAGUAUUGCGGCGUCUUUGGACGAUCGAAUGAAGAUCGAUUCGAGCAGGAUGGGGCCAUAAGGGCUGGUUAGACC